AUGUCCCAUUGUCAUGACGAGCACGAUCACCAUGACCAUUCCGAGGGCGCGGCACAUGACCACACGGACGACCUCACUCCCGCCCUCCAGAACCACAUCUACGAGCAGGUCGACUUUUCUGCCAUCAACACUCUCAAUGAAUCCUCCCCCCGCUCCGGCUCAAAGAUAGUCCAGAAGACAUGGACCGAUCGACUCAACCCCGAACCCGAGCUCAAAAGCGACGCCGACGAACAACUACUCAUGCACAUCCCAUUCACAGCACAAAUCCGCCUCCACUCCAUCCUCAUCCGCACCUCCAACACCGACAGCGCCCCCUUAACGCUCAAAGUCCACGUAAACCGCGACAACCUCGACUUCUCCACCGCCGCCGAUCUCGCGCCAACCCAAAAGCUGGAGCUCUCGCAGUCGAACGAUGUACAAGAGAUUCCCGUCAAGCGGGCUCUCUUCAACACCGUCCGGUCGUUGGAUCUGUUCUUCGAGGACAACUGGGGUAGAGGCGAGGAAGACGAGACGAGGAUCAGUUAUCUGGGCUUCAAGGGCGAGUGGAUGAAGUUAAGCAGGGAGCCGGUCAACUUUUUGUACGAGGCGGCGGCGAAUCCGCAGGAUCAUAAGUUGGCGAGUGGGGUUGGGCAGGGGGUGGGGAGUAGCAUUGGUGGGGCUGGGGGGAGGGAUGGGAUGUGA